UCUGCAGAUGUGAUUUCACUUCUUUAAUCUUCUCCACUCUGAGAAUACAGCGGGACCAUAAUCAGAAUGGAUCAGAUGGAGAUUGAAGACAGCAAACAUAUGACCAAGAAACUCACAAUGAAGGGCCUCAUUACAGAGGUGGAACUUCACAGAAGAAAGCCUCCCUCCAGACGUUUCUCUGUCUGUCUUGGAUUAAUGUGUGCUCUCCUGCUGGUUGGAAACAUAGGACAGAUUCUCUACAAUCACAUGUUCAUCCAUCCCAUAUCAGCUGACUUGAUUCAGGCUGGAGCUGCAGAGAAGUUACAGUUAGAGGCCACAUUGACUAACCUGACAGAGGACAAAGACCAGCUGCAGAAAAGCUACAACACCUUAAAACAAGAGAAAGAUCAGUUACAGACAAACUAUAGUAACAUGCAGAAGAGCUCUGAUGAACUGCAAAGAGAAAAGCAUGAGUUGCAGAGGAAUUAUUCCUCUCUGGAGACCAGCUACACUGAUCUGAAUCAGAGCAAAUAUCAACUGCAGAGCAGAUACCAAUCACUGUCCAGAGACAAGGAUGAAUUAGAGCAGAGUUAUAAUGAUCUGAGGAGGAACAAUGAGCAGUUACAGACAAACUACAGCAGUUUGGAAACAAUUAGAGGUGGCCUGACUAGAGAGAGAGACCAGAUAGAGCAAAGCUACAGCAUCCUGAAACAAGAGAAAGAUCAGCUGCAAUCAAACUAUGAAGGCAUGCAGAGGAACCUGACCAACCUGCAGAGAGAAAAGCAUGAGUUAAAGACACAGUUUAAUGAAGUAAGAACAAACAGAGAUGAGCUACAGAGGAGCAUUUCUGCACUGAAGAGUGACAAGGACCAGCUGCAAAGAAGUAAAGAUAAUUUACAGAGCCGAUAUAAUACUCUGCAGAGGGAGAAAGAUCAGCUGAGGACUGACUACAACAGUUUGACAGCAGUGAGAGAUCAGUUACAGCAGAGGGUCAACAGGAUGGAUCGGGCUUGUCCAUCAGGCUGGAACAAGUUUGGUGAAAGCUGUUUCUAUGUUUCAUAUAAAUCUAGAAGUUGGUCUUCAAGCAGAGACUUCUGCAACUCCAAAGGCGGUCAUCUGGCAAUCUUAAACAGCAGAGAUAAAAUGAGGUUUUUCGAAGGGUUUCUGGAAAGUUACACACAUGCCUGGAUUGGUCUGACUGACAGAGUUAGUGAGGGGACCUGGAGGUGGGUGGAUCAGACCUGGCCCUCAACAACAUUCUGGGGGUCUGGGCAGCCUGACGACUAUAAUAGCGGUGAGGACUGUGGAGAAAUAAGGAAGGAAGGAAGUGCUGUGGACUGGAAUGAUAAUGACUGUAAUGUUGAACGUUUCUGCAUCUGUGAAAAAGCCUUGUAAUACACAAUAAAAUGCAAUGACCCUCUCUACAUUGACAUCAUCACAAUCAUCCCUUCCAGCUUGUAGUCACAGAACCUUUUCUUUAUCUUUCUUUCCUGGUUAAAUCAGGGAAACCUUGAUGCAGUGAUCUGUUGAUCAUUUCAGAUAUUAUUAUAUUGCAGAUGAUUGGAAUUGACUCAGAUGAUUCCCACUAUUGCUCAAUUAUGAAUCACCACAGACCUUGUGUAUAAUUGAUUUGAAUGCACACAAAUGACUGUACAGUAAUGAUUUAUCCUAAUGAUAUGUUAGAGGGCGUAUACAGACAUUUGUAUUAAUAAAUUACUGUCCAAAAAUCUCAAGCUGCUUUGAGUAAAUG